CACAUUAACUUUACAUUCCUUAUAUACUUUAAGAUUUUAUUUUUAGUAACAAUUACAAUGAAAGAGACUGAAGACAUAGGAUAGCAUAUUUCUCACUCUAGCAUUUUGGCUAUAAACAAACAGAAAUCAAUUCUGUGUUGAAGAUUUUACUUAAAGUUUAUAAAUGGCUCAAACUUAUCACCUUCCUCCCGGGCAUGGUUUGAAGAAACUUGAAUCUGUUUGUUUCAUUACAUGUAACAUGUACAUGUAAUUAUUUGGUUACUCGUAUCAUAUGAAAGAUUUUCUAUAUAUUUUCGUAUUGACCGCUGAAAAUGUGAUCUUUUGGCGCGUCCUUGCCCAAAUGAUGUUUAAAGAAAAUUAAUCCAAGCUUUCAAAGGCAUGCAUCUGGUUUGAUAUAACUAUUCACGAUUCUGCUAUUCUUGAGGAGUUUUAAGGUAUUUAUAGAUUUUGUUAAAAAUUUAUCAAAAUUGAAUUUAUUUUUCUUUUUAAAUAAUUGUGGUUGGGAUGAUAAAAUUCCAGAAUGUAUUUAAAAGAAUCGUUUGCGCGACCACCUGAAAAAAUUCUAAGCCCCACACAAAGAGGAAAUAGUGUUAUCUAUAUUUUGUAUCUAAUAGUAGAAAAUAGUAUUAAAAUCAAACUCGCAAUUUACAAUUAACAUCACAUUUACAAAAAUAUACUUUUUCAUAAGGAGGAAAUAGUCGUUGAGAAACACGGAAAUUAUUUAUUUGUAUUAAAGCUUAUCUCCUGAAUAACAUUUUAAAUACACGUGUUGAAGGAAAAAUGUUUUCUGAUCUACAUUCUUUUUUAAUUUUACUUUGGAUCUUGAUAGACUGUCCUCUAAGUGUUCUGAACAUGAACAACUGUCAUGGGAACGCCCAUGGUUGCUGCGAUGGAUACUUCUGGGAUAGAAACGCCUGUGUCAAAUGUCCAACGGGGUAUACAGACAAAAACUGCUCAGAAAAAUGUAGGUACCCGAGCUACGGAGAGGAGUGUCAACUCGAAUGUCAAUGCAAUAAGACAGAAUGUGACUAUAUCGCUGGUUGUAUAGAUGUUUCUACAGUAACGAAUUUAGACAAAACUUCGAUGCUGAAUGGUAAGACUGACCCGAGCUUACAUUCCUCAAAGAAAUUACAAAGUUCAUGGAGUGUAAAUAAAAUAAUCUCUCUAUGCACUUUAGUGAUAUUUUCCAUCAGUAUUGUGCUUUGUGGAGUGCAUUUAAUAGUGACAAUGAAGAAACGGAUAUGUGAACACGCAUCCCACUUACAAACAGAAUCGUCACAAAAUGAUGCCCAGUACCAGGAAAUUCCAGAUAAUCGUAUUCUUAGAAAUCUCACAAAUGAGAAUCAGGAUUGUACAAGUGUCACGCAAGUAUAGAGUAACCUGAACUGAGCAUAAAUACAUUAAUUAAAUUUAGGACUAAUUCAGAAGCGAGCUGUCAUACUCAUGUUUAAAAGUGAUUGAUUUUUUGUAUUUUUUUUUUUGUAUAUUUGCUAUAAGUGUCAUGCUGAAUAUGUCACAUAAGACUCGUUUUCCUGUUCGAGCACUGUUGAGGGAGUGUAUCAAAAUAUCAAUAAAUAUCCUUUGUUAAUAUUGUUCUCAUUUUAGAACAUUUAACAAUAAUUAGUAGUAAUAUCAGUAAUUAUCUUAAAUCACCAUGCAAGUUAUACAAAAUAUAAAUGGUGCCUGUUUUGUAGGGUAACAUUUGAAAUUGA